UGCCCCCCCGCUGGCCGGCUCCCAUAUAUACGCGCCCUCCUGCCCUGGCUAUCUGGCUAUCCCCUCCCGCCUCCCCUGUUGUAAACAACCAAACCAGAGCUCAGGACCGAGCUCCAGGCAAACUCGACUCGAGCUCAGAGGGCCAGAGGCGCCAGGCAGCCAAGAAACACCUGCGUUCGGCGUCGGCGGCGAGCGCAGAGGAACAGAAGGGAGCGAGCAGCAGGCAUGGGGAGGUCUCCGUGCUGCGAGAAGGCGCACACGAACAAGGGCGCGUGGACCAAGGAGGAGGACCAGCGCCUGAUCGCCUACAUCAAGGCGCACGGCGAGGGUUGCUGGCGCUCGCUGCCCAAGGCCGCGGGCCUCCUCCGCUGCGGCAAGAGCUGCAGGCUGCGCUGGAUGAACUACCUCCGCCCGGACCUCAAGCGCGGCAACUUCACCGACGACGACGACGAGAUCAUCAUCAAGCUCCACGCCCUGCUCGGCAACAAGUGGUCGCUCAUCGCGGGGCAGCUGCCCGGCCGGACGGACAACGAGAUCAAGAACUACUGGAACACGCACAUCAAGCGCAAGCUGCUGAGCCGGGGCAUCGACCCGCAGACGCACCGCCCGCUCAGCGGUGGCGCCGCCGCGGGAAGCGGGCUCACCACGUCCAGCACCGCCGGCUUCCCGGCGCAGGCGCCGGCACCCACCAGGCCCGCGCGCCCGGUCAUCAUCAUCCCGCCCAAUGUGAUGUUCGCGCGCCCGGCGCCGUCGGAGGACGGCCACAGCAGCAGCGGCGGGAGCACGGACGCGCCGCGGUGCCCCGACCUCAACCUGGACCUGGACCUGUCCGUGGGCCCGCCGUGCUCGCCGCCCAAGACGCCGGCGGCCGCCGUGACGACGCCCACGUCGCAGCAGCAGGAGAUGCAGCGGGCGACCAUCUGCCUGUGCUACCACCUCGGUGUCCGCAGCGGUGACGCCUGCAGCUGCAAGACAGCUGCGUCGCCGGCGGGGUUCCGGUUUCUCCGGCCGCUAGAAGAGGGACAGUACAUAUAGGUGUCGUAAAAUCGCAGUAGACAUGCAGACGCAAAACCUGUAAAAACAACAAGAACAGAGAGUUUCUAAUGGAGAUGAUGACUGAUGUGGAUGAUGAGAGCACCAUUUCUCCUGUUUCCCUUUCUUCAAAUCCGAUUUGUUCUUCUUUCCGUUU